AUGGGCACCCCCAACGGCCCGCAAGACUGGCCGCAGCAGGGAUUGGUGCAAUCACCUCCGUUUGGGGUCUGUCGGGAGGCAUCCGUCAGGACCAUCCAACCCACGGAAAUGCAGGAACCCAAGAUCGCACGGCCAUUCGUUGAUCAUGAAAGCCUCGGGGAAUUCUUUGGAGCCAAUGACAUGGACGAUCACCCGAGCAGGAUAUCGACUAACGCAAGAAAGCGCCCGCGUGGCUCACGCCAGUGGACUGGCCGCUGGAGCCAAGCGGAGCUCGCGUUUGGGUUGGCCGACUGGGUACGGCCAUUGGAUUUGGCCAUUUGGGCCACCGACCACGCGGGCGUCGCAGGUUUGUGGCGGACGAACCAGUCAGGGGGCUGCAGGGGCCAACGUCGGUUUACACAUGUGCCGCAUGGAUCUCUUCGUCCGUUCGUCGGGACGAGCCGAAACAAAAAGUGCACUCCAGGCAGAGACGUUCGGGCUGAGGUCGGUGAGGGCGUCAGUGCGACGACGAUGUGA